AUGCCUUUCGUGGCGUAUUUGAGCCUUACAAGCGACUAUGCAGCCAUUUUAAGGAAAAAUAGUCGAGGUAUGGUCACAAAACACAAGAAUAGAAUAAAUCUAAACGUUUUGAUUUUAGAAGAAGUUUCUGAUACUGAAGAAUUUGCUCAAGAAAUUAAAAGAAUGAAGUUGGAUAAUACAGGAAAGAACAAUGAGAAGAAUGAUCAAGUUGAAGUAUCAUUUAUGAAAGAUGUUGAAACUGUGCCUGAACGUAAUUUAAUCAUCAAUGAUUACCUGAAACAAGUUCAAUUAUGUGCAUCGACAUUUAAAACGGCACCAGAGCUUGUUGAACAUUUCAAUGCAAAGCAUAAUAAACAACCAAAACCUGGUGAAGUUCCUUCAACUUCUGAUCGUAUUCCCAGAAAAGCUGAUGAACAACGAAAAGGUGGCGUUCAUCAAACAUCUACAAAAUCUCGUCAAUAUCUUUGCGAAGUUUGUGGUAAAUCAUACACACAAUCUUCUCAUUUGUGGCAACAUUUAAGAUUCCAUCAAGGUGUGAAACCAUUUGAAUGUUCUUAUGAAGGUUGUAAUCGUCGAUUUACAAUCCGACCUGAUCUAAACGACCACAUCCGAAAAUGUCACACUGGUGAACGACCUUUUUUGUGCACCACUUGUGAUAAACGUUUUUUGACCGGAUCUGUUUAUUACCAACAUCGAUUGAUUCAUCGUAAUGAACGUCGUUAUGGAUGUGAAGAAUGUGGAAGACGAUUUUAUCGUGCAGAUGCUUUAAAAAAUCACAUGUCUUUUAAUUUGGCAUUUUUAAAGCUUAUUCAUACUGGUACGAAACCUUAUACUUGCGCUGAAUGUGGCAGAAUGUUUCGUCAACGUGGAGAUCGCGAUAAACACCUUAAAGCACGUCAUCCACAUGCUGGAGCUGCAAACUCACCAAAGAAAGAACGAAUCAAAUCAUUUGGUCGUGGAAGAACAAAAGACAACACGAGUUUGUAUGAAGCGAAACCAGAUUUUUCUUUGUAG